UUCUCCAUAGGAAAAUUAAUCAUUCAACAGCCAACAGUAUCCUCUGCGUGCUCCUUCCCAUUCCAAUUCCAACCGCAAUGGCAGCUGCCAUGAGAAUCGCGCUCCUUGCCGUGGCGGCCAUGGCCGCCUUGAGCGCCGCGUCGGCGGCGACAUACAACGUCGGCGAGCCAGAGGGCGCGUGGGACCUCAGAACCGACUACGGCAGCUGGGUGUCCUCCAAGAAGUUCCACCCUGGCGACACCAUCGUCUUCAAGUACUCCGCGCAGGCGCACGACGUGCUCGAGGUCAGCAAGGCCGACUACGACUCCUGCAGCGCCGCAAGCCCGAUCACCACGCUCAAGACCGGCAACGACGAAGUCGCCUUCAACGCCACCGGCACCCGCUACUUCAUCUGCGGCAUCACCGGCCACUGCUCAACCACCGGCACGGGCCAAAUGAAGAUCGCCAUCGACGUCGUGGAAGGCUCCACCCCAUCGCCGCCAGCACCUGCCAGCGGUCCCGGCGCCAGCAGCUCUCCCCCGCCCCCGGCGCCCUCCGCCGCUACCUCCGUCCGGGCCACAGCAGGCCUUGGCCUUGUCGUCCUGUUUGCCGGUCUCUUGGCUUGAGUGCAGAUAUCUCCUGCUGCCGCACGCACAUAUGAGCUUAUUGGCCACUUCUUUUCGCUGAGACGUGUGCAGAAACGCGGCUUAAUAUUAGUCACUCAGUUCUUUCCAUCUUACGUCGAGUGAGCUUAUUUUACCAGUUGUACGGUAAAAUCUCUGUAAUACCCCUAGACUGUGAUCGUGUAAUAUAGAACUUUAUACUAUGAAAUUAUUUGAUGUGUUCACCA